CUUAAAUCACUUCCUCUGUCUUCUCAACACAAAACCAAACCCAAAGACACCCUAGUAAUUCAUAGUCAAUCAAAUCAUGUACUAUCUUCCCACUUAUUUUCUUGUCUUUUUCUUCCUCUUCUUCUUCUCCAACCAUCUUUCUUGUGGUUCAACUAAAGAAAAGCUUGGGUGGUGUGAGGCUAAGUUCGAGUGUGGGAACAUCACCGCUGGUUUCCCCUUCUCCGGUGGGAGUCGUCCCCAGUUUUGCGGUCAUCCAUCGUUGGAGCUUCACUGCUUUAACAACAAGACAUCUAUAAUAAUCUCUAACCAUCUGUACGAUGUUCUCCACCUAGACCAAACAUCUAAGACUCUUAGACUUGUUAGAGCAGAGCUAGGAGGUAAUUUUUGCACCGCUACAUUUACAGCCACAACCUUGCCUGCUGAUGUCUUUGAGCUUUCACAAACCUCUCAGAGCCUCACUGUUUUCUACCUCUGCGACAGUAACUUUCGUUACAACUCGAGUUAUACUUGUCGUGAUAGAGGUCCUGUCUCAGUGUCUAAGAACCUUGAUUACCACAAAUCCUGCCAAGACAGUUUCAAAAUCAACGUUCCUAAGAGCUAUGUUCCUGAAGAGAAAGAGUUGAAUUUGAAACAUUUAGAAAAUGCUUUGAGUGAAGGGUUUGAUGUGAAGGUGAAGAUUGAUGAGCAAGCAUGUGAAUUAUGUUUAUCUUCUCAUGGAAUCUGCAGCUUCAAGAAUACCACACAGAUCUGCUGUAAAAAUGACUCAUCAUCAAAAUGCAAUAGAAUCCAUCUACCUCAUACUAAUGAGCUUCACAAACUCUGCAGUCAACCGUUUAAAUGCGGAAACCAGACCGGUCUGUUGUACCCUUUUUGGACAUACGGAAGAGAAGGCUGUGGCCAUCCUGACUUCAAGCUGGAAAACUGUAACGGAGAAUUCGCAGAGUUUAGUAUCUCCUCAGUGAAGUUUAGAAUCUUAGAGGUGAAUUAUGAAUAUCGUUUCAUAAGACUGGCAAGAUCGGAUUAUAUCGGUGAUCUUUGUCCUAAAGAUCCUUUAAAUGAGCCAUUCGAUGAAAGCGUCCUUCCACUUGCUCCAAACACCACUCUGCUAACGAUUUAUUACGGCUGCAGCCAAGACUUAUCACGGUAUGUUUCUACUAAUGUUGGAGAUCUUUCUUGUGGAGCUGAUAAUGAUGAUGGAAGAAGUUACUAUGUGCCAAGAAACCUCUCAUCCUCUCUACUUGAUGGGAUUAGAGGUCAUUUGUACCACUUUGAUACAUCUUGCAAAAUCGUCAGUAUUCCUGCAUAUGGGCCUAGGCUGGACACACUGCAGAUCAACCCGACUCGAGAUAAUUUCCAGAAAGCUCUUGAAGAGGGUUUCAAGGUUGAACUUAACCAAGAAUGUGUAAAGUGCAUAGAUUCGAAGGGUGCUUGUGGAUAUAAUGAGAGCUCAGGUGGAUUCGUCUGCUAUUGUAUAGAUGAGCCACUUAGCCGUACUUGCGGUUCUAAGAAAAAAAGCCGCUCAACUAAAGCCAUAACAGGCAUUGUGGCUGCUUGUGGAUCGGUGGCCGCCAUUCUUGCAGCCGUAGGUUUGUUCUGUCUAAUCAGACGGAGAAGGAAGGCACAGAUAGAUCAAUACACAAGCAAAGACUUGCCAGUAACGUCUUAUUCAAGCAGAGAAACAUCAAGCUAUCCAACUUCCACAACAAUCUCCAGCAAUAGCAACCACUCUCUCCUCCCCUCAAUCUCUAACCUCCAAAACGGAAGCACCUACUUCGGAGUUCAAGUCUUCAGCUACGAAGAACUCGAGCAAGCCACUGAUAAUUUCUCCCGAGAGCUCGGUGAUGGCGGCUUCGGCACCGUAUACUAUGGCAUGCUGAAAGAUGGACGAGAAGUAGCAGUGAAACGACUAUACGAAAGAUCACUAAAACGCGUUGAACAGUUCAAGAACGAGAUCGAUAUCUUGAAGUCGCUGAAGCACCGAAACCUCGUGAUACUCUACGGAUGCACGUCGAGACACAGCAGAGAGCUUCUCCUUGUCUACGAGUACAUCUCAAACGGAACUCUUGCAGACCAUCUCCAUGGAGAUCGCGCCGAACCUCGUCCUCUUUGCUGGCCAGUUCGUCUAAACGUGGCCAUCGAAACCGCGAGCGCAUUAUCCUUCCUCCACAAGUCAGGGAUCAUACACAGAGACGUCAAGACAACAAACAUUUUACUAGACGAGGACUACACGGUCAAGGUAGCCGACUUCGGCCUCUCGCGGCUGUUUCCAAUGGACAAAACUCACAUCUCCACAGCCCCACAAGGUACUCCGGGUUACGUAGACCCGGAGUACUACCAAUGCUACCGUCUAAACGAGAAGAGCGACGUUUACAGCUUCGGCGUCGUCCUUACAGAACUCAUCUCAUCCAAAGAGGCAGUUGAUAUCACCAGGCAUCGCCACGAUAUCAACUUGGCGAACAUGGCAGUCUCCAAGAUUCAGAACAACAUGUUGCAUGAGCUCGUUGAUCCGAGUUUAGGAUUCGCGAAGGAUCCGGAGGUGAAGCGGAAGAUGAUGGCAGUGGCUGAGCUUGCGUUCAGGUGUUUGCAACAGGAGAGGGAAGUGAGGCCGUCGAUGGAUGAGAUCGUGGAGAUUCUGAAAGGGAUCAAGGGGGAGAAUCCGCGGGAGGAGUCUCCUGAUGUUGUUGAUGUUGAGCGGAGCGGAGGAGAUGACGUUGGAUUGCUGAGGCAUAGUGUUCCCCCGCCGAUCUCGCCGGAGACUGAUAAGUGGACGAGUAGCUCGGACACGGCAGCUAGUUCAUUUUGAGAGACUUAUUAAUUAGGGUCGUUGUGAUAUAUAUAUGACCUCUGUUUUUCUUUUAGUUUUUUUGGGCUCUGUAAUCAAAUUAACCUACAAGUUUUACCGUUGCAUCGCCUGAAGAUCGUUAAGCACUACUAAAUGACAACAUUAUAAUGUCCAUACACAUAAUUUUUUUUUUAUAAAAUGUAAUAGUGGAUUGAAUAUUUUUGAUUUUAAGGUUUAU